UUAUGCACACAAUGAAGAGCUUCACUUUAAUAAGAGCCUUACUUCUCUGCAGCCUCAGCUGGAUCUCAGUUUCUGAGUCUCAGACUGUGGAGGUCCAGCGUGGUGAAGAAGUCACUCUGCUGUGCUCCAACAUUUCCAGAACUCCAACUCAGACAGAGUGGUUCAGACUGAUCAACAGAACCAAGCCCAGCUGUAUCUCCUCCAUGUACGGGGCCAAUGUUGAUGCUUCAUUCUGUGAUGGAUUUCAAAACGGAAGAUUUGAAAUGAGCUCCAACAAUUAUACUGUCUUUCUUAAAAUCAAACACGUGGAUUUAUCUGACUCUGGACUGUAUUUCUGUGGAUUUUACAUGGACAAACAUACAGUCAUUGCCAGUGCAACUCUUUUAAACGUUAAAGGUGAAUUUAUUGGUGAAUCUGAUGAUGAAGUGGCUUUUAAGACUGAAAAGGAGCUGGAUGGAAUUACAAACCUAACGAGUGUGAUCCUGGCUGGUCUGGCUGUUUUCCUCACUAUAGUCGUCAUUGUUCUGGCUGUUAAAAUCAGGAAACUUCAGACAGCUGUGAAUGAAGAACCGCAGCCAGAAAGAAACAAGAAUCUGGGCUCAGAUGACCUGAACUACGCAGCUCUAAGUUUUCAGCCAAAAGCAAAAAGAUACCGCAGGCCUGCAUCUGAGAGAGAACUGGAGCCAAAUGUUGUGUAUGCUGCCACCAGAUAAACUCAGAAAGCAACUGGAACUGCAGCUCAGAGUGGAACUGAUGCUUUUUCAAAAUAAACUGCUGUUGUGUUUUUGUGGUUGGGUAGUGAGUGGAAAGAGUCACUGCCAAAAAAUAAAUGAUUAAUGUUUC